AUGUCGAUCCUCUUUUCUGGCCUGCUCAUCGCGAGCAGUCUGUGGACGACUGUGAGCGCAGAUGAGGCCCCCGUUCCAUUUGAGAUGACCUGGUCCACAAAGACCUUUGGACCUGAUGGCCCAUGGCAAGCUGUCCAAGUCGGCAUUGGGACCCCAAAACAGGACAUUGCUCUGUAUCCGGGAGGGAACUGGGCAAGCACCAUUCUCACCACCCAGAUUUGCCAAAACCAGGCAGUUUCUGGUCCCUGCUAUGGGAAUCAAGCGGGCCUCUUCAAUAUGGAUCAGUCUUCGACUUUGGACAACACCUCCAUCUCGGGUAUCUAUUGGGAUGGCGACAUCCCACUAGGCGUGAACGGCGUUCCCCUAUAUGGAACCGCCCAGCAGUCCUUCGACGAUGUUGACAUUGGCGGAUAUGUCAUCCCCAAUGUGUCAUUAAGAACCGUCAACUCGAUCCAACAGACAUAUCCUGGCGGCCAGAGUUACCCGGUCGAGGUGGGCAUCCUCUCCCUGGGGUCGAACAACACCAACCACACCUUCACCGAGGACCCUCCUCUCCCGGCAAUCAACACCACCUUCGUCAACAGCUACAUGUACAUCACCCACGCCGUCCCGUCAUACUCGUAUGGUCUGCACAUCGGAUCCGCUGCCUUCAACAUCCCCGGUUCCCUUUGGUUGGGAGGAUACGAUCAGUCCCGGGCUCUGGCGCCCGUGUCAGCGCAAGCGUACAACGGGGCCACUUUUCCCAUCGAGCUCCUCGACAUCGGCCUCGGGGUUGCCGAUGGGGGCUCCCCGUGGGAUUUUGCCAACAAAACAGGGCUGCUCGCCCAGGGAAAUUCGUCCAUCGGAUUAGGCCUUAGCACCUGCGACGCCAUCACGGCCAACCUGCCGGUCCAGUUCCAGCCCUCUAUGGGCCUCUACUACUGGAAUACAUCAAGCCCCGACUACAGAAGAAUCGUGACCUCCCCCGCCUACCUGGCUUUCACUUUCCGGCUGAAUAGCCUCAAUACAGCCAAUUUCACGAUCAAUGUCCCCUUUGCGCUCCUCAACUUGACCCUCGAGGCGCCACUGGUCGGCACGCCGACGCCAUAUUUUCCAUGCUUCCCCACUAAUGGCACCUAUGGGCUGGGGCGCGCUUUCCUCCAGGCCGCCUUUGUCGGGGUCAACUGGGGUCAAGGAACCGGGAACUGGUUCCUGGCUCAGGCUCCGGGACCCAAUUACCAGUCGACCCCGUCGACCACCAGCAUCGAUCCGAGCGCUUCCUCCCUGGCAGGCUCUCAGAGCAGCUGGGAGGACAGCUGGACGGGACACUGGACCCCUCUGCCGACCACCGGGGAUAGUGUCUCGGGCGCUUCAGACAGUUCCGGUGACAGCGGUAGCGGUGGCCUGUCAUCCGGGGCAAAGGCUGGGAUCGGGGUCGGCGUUGGUGUCGGUGGUCUGGCCAUCAUCUCGGCUCUGGCCUUUCUCUUCUUGAGACGCCGUCGUCAGCAGCAAGCGACCCAGGCGGAAGGCGAGCCCUUGCAAGGGGGCCCCGCGGAGCCGUACAGUGACAAGGACCCGAACAAACAGACUUAUCAGUUCUACGGGGGGCCGCAGCAGCCCCCGGCGGAGCUGGAGAGCCAAAACAACCGGCCCGUCUACGAGCUCCCGUCGUGA